CACUUUUUGUAUUGCACAAUAAAUUCGAAAUAUCAUUAAUCUUUAGUUGCCCUUGAGUGUGGGAAACAGUAGUGAACUACAGUAAAAUCUUCAUCAAUGGCGGAUCCGCCGGAGAUCUCGUUCGCCGCAAUCUUCGCCUGCAGCGCUUUUGCUGCUUGCUUUGCUGAGUUCUGUACCAUUCCCCUAGAUACUGCUAAAGUACGGCUUCAGCUACAGAAGAGAGUUCCGCUAGGUGACUCGGAGAGUACACCAAAAUACAAGGGCCUUUUGGGUACAAUUGCUACCAUAGCUAAAGAAGAAGGCUUAUUUGCACUUUGGAAAGGAAUCGUACCUGGCCUGCAUCGACAAUGUCUUUAUGGAGGCUUAAGAAUUGGGUUGUACGGGCCUGUCAAGGCAUUCCUCGUUGGAAGUAGCUAUACUGCAGAUGUAUCCUUAUUCACUAAAAUACUAGCUGCUCUGCUUACUGGUGCUGUAGCAAUAGCCGUUGCUAAUCCUACCGAUCUUGUUAAAAUCCGGCUUCAAGCUGAGGGUAAAUUGGCAGUUGGAGCACUCAGUCGUUACAGUGGUGCUUUGGAUGCAUAUCGUGCCAUUGUCAAGCAGGAAGGAGUGGCAGCUCUAUGGACAGGGCUCGGACCAAACAUUGCAAGAAAUGCAAUUAUAAAUGCUGCAGAAUUAGCUAGUUACGAUCAUAUCAAAGAGACAAUUUUGGCAAUUCCAGGAUUCACAGACAAUAUUAUAACACAUAUAUUAGCUGGUCUAGGUGCGGGGUUCUUUGCUGUCUGCAUCGGCUCCCCUAUCGAUGUGGUAAAAUCCAGAAUGAUGGGAGAUUCAGUCUACAAAAGCACUAUAGAUUGCUUCUUCAGAACAUUAAAAUCGGAGGGAAUCUUUGCUUUUUACAAGGGGUUCUUUCCGAAUUUCGGUCGACUUGGAUCGUGGAAUGUUAUCAUGUUUUUGAUUCUCGAACAAGUAAAAAGAUUAUUCAGUUGAUCAUAUCAGCCCAUAUUUUUUUUUCUUCUUCUCUUUUCUAUUGAAUCGACAAUAAUACAACUAGCGUCUGCUUGUUUGUGGAUGUCCUCAAAAGUGACGUUGGAAACGAUUCCACUACCGAAUCACAUGAAGUGCUCUAUUAUUGUGGAGCGACAUGGCAAGUGACACACUUUAUUUGAUGCAGACGAGAUUGCUCCCCACGUGAUAUACUUAAAAGACCAUUUUUUGAUGAGGUGUGAAUUCGACUGAAUAUAUAUAUACGAACUUAGAAAUAUAUGUGUUAAUAUAUAUACGAUAUCAAUGUAAUAUUGUAACCAUAAUAUGUUGGAUCCAAAUUGUAGACUCGAGAUACUUUACACGUUUAUUUGCUUUAUUGUUUUAGGGAGAGGGGUAUUAAGUUGGUGUUACUCUUGUCAUCAUGUAAUUGCUAGAUGUGGACUCAAAACUCAAAGGGGACGAUGCUAUUUACACUGUACUAUCGUACUAUUCGUAUUACGUAAAC